AUGAUAAGACAAAUUUUAAAGAAAUCAGUACGAACAAUGACAUCCUCAUCAACAGUUAAGAAUUCUCCAUAUUUAGCUAAAAUAACAUCAAUUGAACCAUUGAAAGAAGGUAAAUGGAUUCAAACUAGAAAAAUUAAUUAUGAUGAUCCUAAUGGGAAUGCAAAAGUUUGGGAAAUGGCAAUUCGUACAACUCGUACUUCAACAACUAAUCUUGAUGCAGUUUCUAUAGUUUCAGUGUUACAUAAUAGUCAUGAUUCAAAAGAAAUUGUUCUCGUUAAGCAAUUUCGUCCACCCACUGAGAAAGUUAUUAUUGAAUUACCAGCAGGUUUAAUUGAUCCGAAUGAAACUGUUGAAUCUACUGCUGUUAGAGAAUUACUUGAAGAAACAGGAUAUGUAGGAACAUUUAAAUCACAAUCAAUCCCAUUGUUUAGUGAUCCUGGUUUAACUAAUGCUAAUAUGGUAUUAGCUUAUGUUGAUGUUGAUUUAAAUGAUCCAAGAAAUAAAAAUCCUCAACCACAAUUAGAACCUGGUGAAUUUAUAAUUACAUUUACUUUACCAUUGAAUAAUUUGUUAGAAUCAUUAGAGAAAAUGUGUAAAGAUGAAGGAUGUUCCAUAGAUGCAAGGUUAUAUCAUUUCGCUAAAGGUUUAGAAUUAGCUAAAAACUUGUAG